AUGGCAGAUUCUUCCCCCGAACCAGAGACGGAGCAGGAGAAGAAGGCUGGGUUCCUGGCGAGGUUGCGCCAGGUCGCCGACUUCGUAAUCAGUCAGUGGCUCACAAUCGGCUUCGGGCUGGCGUGCCUGCUGGGACACUUUUUUCCUCAUGUUGCUGCCCACGGAGGCGUGAUCAGGAGUGAAUAUAGCAUCGUCUAUGGCGCCGUGGCAUUCAUCUUCCUCGUCAGUGGCCUGUCGCUCCCCUUCAGCAAGCUGCGAAAAAAUGUCACAAACUGGAGGCUUCAUAUCAUAGUCCAAGGCAUCAGUUUCGCCGUGAUCCCUGCCAUCAUGCUUGCGGUCCUCCAUAUAUGUAUUGCUGGCGGUUCGUUGGAAAGCGGCACGCCUUCUCUGCCCGUCAUCAUCGGCAUGCUGGUGGUAUCGUGCAUCCCCACGACGAUCGCCUCCAACGUCGUCAUGACCCGGGCCUCGGGUGGCGACGAUGCGGCCGCCAUCGUCUGCGUGGUGUUUGGCAACAUCAUCGGCUCCUUCCUCUCCCCCAUCCUCAUCUACGGGUUCAUGCCCACCGGCUCCGUCUUCGACGCGUGGCGGCCGGCCGACCCCAGCACCCUCAGCAACAUGUACGCAAACGUGGCACAGCAGAUGGGGCUGAGCGUCCUGCUGCCGCUCAUCGUCGGCCAGGUCGUAAGGGCGCUGUGGGAGGAAAGGACGGUCUGGGUUCUGCAGAAGUUCAUGCUGAAUAAGAUCUCCGGCCUAUGCCUCAUUCUUCUCGUCUGGACAACCUUCUCUGGAGCCUUCGAAACGGGCGCACUCUACCAGCUAUCAGCAUCCUCCGUGAUCUUCAACGUCUUCAUAAACGUCGGACUUUACCUCAUCUUCACCAUCAUCUGCUUCUACUCUGCUCGCCCGCCCCUGUGGCUCCUCAGGGCCGUCAACCCAAUCCUGACCGAAUUCAAGCUCACUAGGAACCUGCCGUCCUGGGUGAAGCGUAUCAUUGCGCUGAAGCGCAUGUCGAGGGAGCAGACCGUCGCCGUGUGCUUCUGCGGGGCGGCCAAGACGACAAGUCUCGGCAUCCCGCUCGUGACGGCCAUGUGGAAAGACUCGGACAACCUGACCCGCGCGUACAUCCAGAUCCCCGUCUUGUUGUACACGAUUGAGCAGGUGUUCAUCGCCCAAAUCCUCGUCUUUUUCCUCAAGAGAUACGUAGAAAAGGGCCGCAAGGCAGAUCUGGAGGAGUCUGAGAGCGUUGACCUUCAAACCCCAGAGCAGAGGCGAGAGGUGGGGGGUAACAACAGUCCUCUGCCGCGAUCAGGCCCCGAAUCGACUAGUGGUACGGAGGUAUCUCCAGACGAAGAAGUAAAGGGCUCCGCGGCUCGUCUAGAAGAGAAGGAGACCGUUACGGAUGGCCAAAACCCAUCAGGGGUCAAGGGGUGUGUUGGGGUAUUGAAAAUCGGAGCAUAG